AAGGCGCUUGUGCUUUGCACUGCGCAGUGGUCUUUUUAAGGUCACGUGAAAACAGGAAGUGCUUUAGAUGAACUCUUAUUUAAAAAAAGAGAAAGUGAUAAGAGUAGAUAUCAGCUGACCGAACGACUCUCCUUGUGAUAGCAGGUGCUAAAGCUAGCUGUGUUGUCAGCUAGCUGAUAGUUGAACUUGAGGUUCAAGGAUAAAAGGCGAGGGAAACUAAGCACAAUGUCUAAUGUGCUGUGUGGUCAAAGCAGGGCAGUCCUGUCUCGUGCUGCUGGCUGUCGAGCUUUAGCUUCUCUCAGGGCUGGAACAACCAGAACCUUCUCUGCUGCGAGCUCAGAUGAGCCUUACAUAGCGGUAUCACACACAGACUCAGGCCCAAGGACCGUGUGGCCUGAUGAGAACAUGGGACCAUUUGGACCUCAGGACCAGCGCUUCCAGUUGCCUGGUAACGCUGGGUUUGACUGCCACCUGGAGGGCAUGGAGGACCAAAAGAAGGCGCCGGUCCACAAGACGGUGCCUGAUGUGCUGACGGUUCCAAGCAGCACAGAGAGACACCAGUUCAUACUGGCCCAGUUUGUCAACGAGUUCCAUGGAAAGCUGGGGCCUAUUUCCACAAGAGUAAGCAAAGCUGAGCAGUACUUUAAUCAGACAGAAACAGACUGUGCCAUAAACUCCUGCCCAGAGCUGCUGAAGAAAGAUCUGGAGCAGUUGUUUCCUUCGGCGCCCACAGUUUCCAUCACAGUGGUGACGGUCACGCAGACGAGCGGUCGGUCAGAGGACAAGGAGACAGAGCUGGAUAGAGACCAGCUGCUAAGUAAAUUUGUGAGCGGGGCAAAGGAGAUGUGUUUCGCUCUGUGGACUGCAGGAUACUGGGCAGACUUCAUUGACCCAACAACGGGAGCAGCAUUCUUUGCGUCUCCAUUGGGCGAAACCACACUGCGAACAGACAGUGAGCUGGGACAUCGGGGCUUUCACAUCGAGGUGUCGAGCUCCUGCACAGUCAUCCGCCAUAUCCUCAGGGGGACUCCUUUGUUUGUGGGGACUAUUUUCACCAACGCACCUGUUCAAAGUGCUGCUAUUGCUAGACUUCAAGGAUUUUCAGACGCACUCAAUGAUGAGGAAUAAACUUUUUUUCUUUUUAAAUAGAAUAGAAUCAAAUUCAAACAGAAGGGUUCUGUUUAUGGUUUGGAGAAGCCGCUAACGUUUCCUGUUAUGGAGCUGGUUUGUAUCAAUGGGAAGUUGUGUAAUGUUGUAACACAAAGCAUCUGUGCAGACCUCGGUGUUGCUAAGGAUCUAACUGACACUCUAAUGCAGACGUCAGUGCUGUGUCUGACUGACAGAAGCGUUACCCUGCUCUGCAUGCAGGGAGACACUCAGAGAAGAAACAAUUUCACAAUGUGAUUCAUCUGUAGACAAUGUUCAUAUUUUACAGUUUGAGUAUUUAUGAAAUACUGCGACAGAUGUUCUACAGCUGUUGGUGCUAACUACCAGGAAAAUCUUUCCGUUUCAAACACCUUAACAUGUUAGCGGCUCAUAUUCUUUUUACAGCAGCAUGCACAGUGUUGGUUUUCUCUGAUCUGUUGCACACAGUGUAAAGAAACGAUGGAGAAAUAUUAUAAAUAGUUUCAGAAGAUUUCAAUUUAUUAUGGGAACAACUCCCAGAAUACACACUGACCUGAAUGAACAUGGACACACUGCUUAUUAAAUUAUAUUUAUGUA